UUCCAUGCCGUUCUCUCUCUCUCUCAGUUACCAAGGUCUCUGUUUUUUCUGUCCAGAACUCUCUCCCUGAACGGUCUGUCCAAACAUUACAUCUUGCUCCAUCUCUGGUUCUCAAUUCUCUCUUAAAAAUUCUCCUUCUUUCUCUGUUCUGGGUAAUGGAACCAGCGCAAAUUGACUGGAAGAGAAUCGAGUCUGUAUUUGUAGAAGACAGAUUGUAUGAGAACAUUAAUGCACCUAAAUGGGUUGAUUUCAUUUCCCCUGAAGACUCAAUUGAUGAUCAAGCCUGGUUCUGCAGACCUGAUUGUAAUCAUCCAAAGACAGCUGAGGAUUUCUUGAUAUCAACGCCUACUUCAAAGAUUUCAAGCUCAGGCAAUGAUAGUAAAAUCCUACCUUCUGGUUACUUGAAUCAAAGAGAUGCAAAGUUGAAGAAAAGAGGACAAAUUCAGUCGUCUACUACAUCAAAUGAGAAUCACAAAUUCAACAAGGAUGGUGAAAAUCAGAACCCAAAUCUACCAACCCCUCCAAUUCCACGGGCCAAGUCCAUGAAAGCAGCUUUUAAAUCAAGCACUGAAAAGAAGAAACCGAUCAAUGACUUGUCGCCGAGGGAAGAGGCACCGCCAAAGCUGAAGAGUACACUCUCCGCGAGGAAUUUAUUCGCGGGGAGGGAUAUAAUAAAUCAUAUAACAGAGUUUUGCAAUGAAUUGAAGAGAAUGGUCGCGACGAGAGCGAGGGAUAGAGAGAAUGUGGAAAAGUUUAAUGAGAAGAGUCAUGUGGGGGGAAAGGAGAUGGAGUUGAAGGAGGAGGGCUCAGGUCAGAUUCUCGAAGAGUUGGAUUGGAAAGAAAAAGAGAGGAAGCCUUUGCUUGAAGUGGGUAAACAGAAAUUGGAAGCUAAAGACGAGAAAUGCUACCUAAUCAGCCAAAGUUACAGCUGGAUUAUUGGGUUUUCUGCACAAACUGAACUAAGAGUUGAUGAGUCUGAGAACAUUCCAACACCUCUGAAUUUGGCAAAUAUAACGAACAAAGAAGAGGAACGACUGCUGCAAAUCCGUACCAAUCCUCCCUCUCCUCAGUGCUUUUCAGCCAAAUGUUUGCCAACCAAACCAAAAUCCAGGCUUAUGGAGAGGGGCAUUCUUCAAGAGUUGGAGCAGAAUAAGGAAAACACAAAAGAGGAACCUGUAGAGAGAAACAGAAACUUCCCCAUUUUAGAUGAAAGAGGAGAAGCAAGAGCACUGGAUGUAUUCUGGUUUCUGAAGCCUUGCACACUAUCCAGUUAAAGCUUUUAGAGUAAACAUAGCAUAGCAUUGAAAUUCAUUCUUUAUUCUUUGGUCAUUGUUUUCAAUAGAGGAAACUGUGUAAUUAGCAUCCAAUAAAUUGUACCAAAAUCUACUUGCUUCUGCAAGUAAAU